AAAUCAGACCUCUAUCUAUUCACAGAAGGUGUUAGGAUGGUUUAAGAAUAGUAUUUACUAUGUAGAGAGAAUUGGGAGCUUGUGUGGGAUAUGUACUGUGUGACUGGACUCUGACACUUCUGUGAAAUGUGGUUUGGGUAGGCCAAGGUUAUGACAUACAUAGAAGUACAGCAAUGCUUGUUGACUACCUGGUGCUGGAAUCCACUUUUAUGUAGUGUGUGACAAAUAAUUUGCAUUGCAUCCUUGUCAUCGUGUGGCUUUGCAGGUUUCUUCUCAUCUGAGUCUCCAGAGCUGUAUAGUUCACUUGUGACCGUAGAAAGCGGAUGGCAUACCUGUCGACAGUGCACCUAUAUGACGAAGGAAAGGACGAAAAUGGAAAGUCACCUUCGCAAAUAUGCGGGAAAACCCCUCUACCAGUGCCACUUAUGUCCUGCUGUGUUCACUCAUAACUGCUCCCUCGUGCACCACAUACGCACCCACACAGGAGAGCGUCCCUUUUCCUGUGACCACUGCAGUGCAACGUUUAGGAAGAAGGCCCUGCUCACGAGCCACUUGCGCACCCACACAGGAGAGCGUCCCUACACUUGUUACCAGUGCAAUAAAUCCUUUUCGGAGAAGUUCACCCUGACGCAACACUUGCGCCUCCAUACAGGAGAACGUCCCUAUUCCUGCACCCACUGCAGUGCAUCCUUUUCGCAGAAAUCCACACUGAAUGACCACUUGCGCACCCACACGGGAGAGCGUCCCUACUCCUGUGACCACUGCAGUGCAUCCUUUCGACACAAGACCAGCCUCAUGCAGCAUCUUAACACCCACACAGGAGAACGUCCCUUUUCCUGUGACCACUGCGAUGCAUCAUUUUCGCACCGAAGCAACCUCGGGCACCACUUGCUCACCCACACAGGAGAACGUCCCUAUUCCUGUGUCCAUUGCAAUGCAUCCUUUUCGAGGAAAGGCAACCUCCGCGACCACAUCUCCCGUCUCCAUUUGUAGCAAGAGCCCUAAAGAUGUGUUAGUUCCCUCUAUGGAGCACCCAAGAAGUUGCGUGUUUCGGACAUUGCCAUAAGUGCACGACACGAGCCUCUUCACAGAACUUUGUUGGCCAUUCUGUAGCAGUUUGAUUUGUUAUGUCCUUCAGAUUGGGAUGGUUGUGUGAACCUGACCACUGUCUGCUGUCUUUGAUUGGUUGUAUUGGAAUGGGGUAAAAUUGGAAAUUUGCUUUUUGCACUGUUAGUCUCAUAAAAUUGGGAAGAAAAGAAUGGCUGUCAUUAUGGUGUUGUAAGUUUCAGUCAUCAGUGUAAACAAAUUGUGCCUGUCUUUACAAAGCAUUGGUUCCGGCUAGGAACGGGGUAAUGCGUAUUCUCGUCUUACAAGUCUGUUCAACAAUGAAAAUGUUCAUGAAACUGUAGCUUAUGGGAAGGAGUUUUUAGGCAAGUUACCACAACGCUGUGGAGUGGCACUUUGGCUUGCAC